GUUUUAACAACAUGGCGGUUGACAGUGAUCUGGGUUAGCAACAAAUGUAGACAUUAAUCUCUAAUUUGCUAAAUCUUUGCAAACCACUCAGUGGUGAAUUCUCGAAAAAAAAAGUACAUUAGCUAUCUAUUGUACUGCAGAAAAUACAGAUAACGGAUUUUCGAUUUCUAGUUGUUCGUUAAUCUCAACGACAGAAUGAGCAACAUCUACAUUCAAGAGCCUCCGUCAAACGGAAAGGUGAGCGCGAGCAUGCUUAUCAUAAUUCCUGGCUGUAAUUUGUUCCCCUGAAGACCCUAUUAUUAUUUCAUGAAGUACAUUAAUAUCUCACUGUCACUACAAUGGCUUGCAUGAUACACUAUGAUCAUACAGGACAAAUUAUCUUUGCCUGGAAACCCGACGUUGAAUUGCAUUGAAUUCUACAUUGGGCAGAAAUGAGCGUUUGUAUCAGGAAAGUUUACUCUUACGACCUCUACAAGCCAGAAUGUUGAAUACAAUUAUAUUUUAACUUACUUUACCCGUUGUCCGUGCGGUUGGUCCUUUUGGCAGUAGGGAUGUGAGACAAUAUAUCAACAGGAAAGUAUAAUUACAUACAUAUUUCAAAGCGCUGGUAGUGCGUUCAGAUUUCUAUCACCUGAAGCAAAUGCACAAGAUAAAAAUACAUGCACGAGAUGCAUGCGUACUUGCCGUGCACGUGUUUACAUGGUUCUGCUAGAAAUCUGAAUGCACUACCAGCACUUUGAAAAGUUGAUGUAAUUGUACUUUCCUGUGGAUAUAUUGUCUCAUUCCUACCGCCAAAAUGACUGCUGCACGGACAACCGGUAAAGUAUGUUAAAAUAUCAUUUUAUUCAACAUUCUGGCUUGUAGAGGUCGUGAGAGGAAACUUUCCUGAUUCAAACACUCAUUUCUGCCUGACAUAGAAUUCAAUGCAAUUCAAUGUCGGGUUUCCAGGCAAGCAUUCUCUAUCAUUCCACCUAUGUUAUGCCCACUCACUCAGUAUGCACUGCAGAACUACCAUUCUGUCAAGCCAGGCAGAUUUUUUUGUGAUGAAGUGGUGUAAAUUGAUAUCCUUCUCCGCUUCAGGUUCUGAUCAAGACCUCAGCUGGUGACAUCGACAUUGAGCUGUGGUCCAAAGAGGCUCCCAAGGCCGCCAGAAACUUUGUCCAGUUAUGUCUGGAAGGUAAGGAGGACUGACUGAUUAUAUCAAGCAGGUUAGAAUGCAAAGUCAGUCAACAAUACUGAUGUACUUAUUAUAUAUUCUCAUCAUGUCACAUUCCGCACCAUCUUAUUGCAAAUAUGUACUGUUCUCUUCCUCAGGCUACUAUGAUGGAACACCGUUCCAUAGAGUGGUGCCAGAGUUCAUUGUCCAAGGAGGAGAUCCCACAGGCACCGGGACAGGGGGAGAGUCCAUUUAUGGACGGCCAUUCAAGGUACGUUUUCACUGUCUCCAUCACCUCAUUAUCUCUGAUCAUGUUCAACCCCCCCAAAAAGAUAGACUAGACUAGACUAGACAUAAACGGAAUUCUUCUACUUGGAACCUUUGCCAGCUCACCCAUACUACUGUUACUAACGAUGAAACAGUGGGGCUGAUUCUUGUUUUGCUGUUGGUUCUGUCCCCUGUUCUCAGGACGAGUUCCACUCCAGACUGCGCUUCAACAGACGAGGCCUGGUUGCCAUGGCCAACGCAGGGCCCCAUGACAACGGCAGCCAGUUCUUCUUCACCCUGGGCCGGGCAGAUGAGCUCAACAACAAACACACCAUCUUUGGAAAGGUAAAACGCCAAAAGAAGAUCCAUGCAUCUUUACAUCUUGUAAAGCUUUUAGUAUGCAGCAUUUGUAAUCAGAGCCAACUCAAUUCUAAUUGCAUCAAACAUAUAUUCUAGAAGCCAUCUUGUCCUGUAAAUUCAUCUUCCUUUCCUCAAUGCAGGUGACAGGUGAUACAGUGUACAACAUGCUCAGGUUAGCAGAAGUGGAAUGUGAUCAGGAGGAAAGACCUUUAAAUCCACACAAGAUACGAACCACUGAGGUAUGGCUUGUUAUUUACAUUUGACAUUUUGGUCAUUUAGCAGACGCUCUUAUCCAGAGCGACUUACAGUUAGUGAGUGCAUACAUAAAAAAAAUAAUGUUUUUUUCCAUACUGGCCCCCCGUGGGAAUCGAACCCACAACCCUGGCGUUGCAAGCGCCAUGCUCUACCAACUGAGCUACACUGGGCCCAUAUGGGGUUAUGGGUUUACAUCACACAAUAGUAUUUUAUCACUUUGACCAUUCAUUUGUUUUGCAUUUGUUCCAAUUCCGUCAGACUCUGUUUCCUUAAAUCUUUGUAAUGUUUCUCUGCAGGUGUUACAUUCUCCCUUCGAUGACAUCAUUCCACGUGAAACAAAAAAAUCCAAAAAGGAUGAAGACAAAAAAGAGGGAAAGAAAUCUCAGUCCAAAGCAACAAAGUAGGUCAUUCAUUUACUACUAUACACACUUUCUCUGCUACUCACUCUCAAUCUGUUGCUGACUUGGAAGCGUGGCACUGUAGUUAUGAACGGUCGACCAUACUUGUUUUGUCAGGAACUUUAGUCUGUUGUCAUUCGGAGAGGAAGCUGAGGAGGACGAGGAAAUGGUAACUCAAGUCAGCCAGGUAAUUAUAACAUGAGCAGUGUUAUUCUUAUUCUGCACUUAAAAUCAAGCUCGCCAUCUUAUGUAUUAUGUCACCCCGUCUGUGUCAGUCAGAUAUAUACACACACACACGUUGUUUCUUUUCAUCCAGACACUGAAAGGGAAAAGCAAAAGCAGUCAUGACCUGCUGAAGGAUGAUCCACUGCUGAGCUCUGUCCCCGCAGUCAACAAGUCAGUACACUGAGACGCAGUACAGACACCUUGCUCUGCUGCCUCAACUUAUCUUGUUUGGACAAUUAAUAAAUUAAUGAGUUAAUAUUUAAUAAAUAUUUAUCUGAAUCUAUUUGUCUUGUGUUCGAAGGAAAAAAGCCAAAGGUGCAGCUGGAGAAGCAGCAGAGGUAUGCUCUUAUUCCUUCAUGUUGUCUGUUCAAUGAAGACACCAUGCAUCACGUUAUAAUGCAUUCCAUUCCACUUGUUGGAAAACACCUUUGCUCUGAGUGUUCUCCAUGCUUUCUCUCAUCUCUCUCUCUCUCGUGUUCAGGGUGAGGAUGAUGAGGCUGCGGAGGGAGAUGCGGAUGGUGAUGAAGAGGAGUAUGACUCUGAUGAGAGGCAGGAAAUGAGGGAGAGGAUCUCUAAGAAGCUGAAGAAGAUGAAGGAGGAGGAGAAGAAGAAGAAGAGUACAGACCCCAGCGAGGAGGACAGAGGGAAGAGGGCCAACCGCAGGUAG